AGCUCGUUUCGGCUGGAGCCAUCGGCUGCGCACUCCGCAUCACGAGUAGGUCCGACAAGCUGCGACGAUGAUCCCCGAGAGCAUGGACGACGAGGAGCUGAAGAGGCUGAGGCGAGAUGCUGCCAUCCGCGCCAGGGAGAACGACUUCAAGCGCAAGCAGCAGGAGGAGGAAGAGGCGAAGAGGGAGCAGCUGGAAAACCUCAAGAAGGAGUACGAGAUGCUGGAACAGACAAGGCUGCAGGAGAGGCUGAGACUGCUGCAGAAGCAGGCGGAGAUCCGCGCACAGAAGAAGUCGGAGCUCGACAGGCUCGUGAACAAGCGCAACGCUGCGAUCGUGAAGAGGAACAGUGAGUGGCUGGAGCGAACCAACGCCAAGAUUCAGGAAAUAAUCGAGGAGCACCACGAGGAGGAGAGGAUAGUGGAGGAGAAUCAGGAAGCAGCCCGUCAGCGCAAGAAAGACAGGGAGGAGAAGAUGAGACUCGAGAAGCAGCAGCUUAGCGACGCCCAGCACUUUCUGAACCAGAAACGCUUGCAGGCUCAGAUGGCGAAGGAGUCCUUGAGGCGCCAGAAGGAGCUGAGGAGGGUUGACGCCCUGAAGGCGGAGGCGCACGAGGAGUUACAGUCGUUUAUCCAGAACCCCUUCCCCGUGCCGCUGAAGCAGGUGAUCGCUGGAAGGAUGCGCCCGGUCCCCACGGUGACGGAGCUGCUGGCGGUCCACAAGGACCAGCGGGAGAUGCUGCAGCAGCUUGAGGCUCAGGACGUCCCCAUGCGCGCCCUCAUGCGCAACCAGUCCCUCUUCCGAUACGUGCGGGACCUCGAGCUGGAGGCGGAGGCGAAUUCGGUGAAGCCGCCCGAGCCCGCCGGCAUGGGCGGCACGAAGAAGUCUGGCGCCGGGGGCACCAAGCGGAACUUCGCGUUCAGGGGGCGCUGAGGUGCUCAAUGGGCACCCGGGGCGGGCAGGUAUCCGGGCCGAGCUGCGCGAUCGGAGAGUUUCGCGCUCGGAGUACCCUUGCGUGUGCCGUCGGCGCCCCCGUUUUCCGGAGGUGCCGACGACGGACUGGCUCGCGGAAUCGCGGUGGAACAGAAAGAGGCCGCUCAGCAAUUCCCAGAGGGUCCGAGGCCCUCAGAGUGGAGGUUGGACCUCAAUGCUGAGGGCUUUUGUCUGAGUCCUGGACGCUCAAGGGAGGUACCACCUCC